CUGGCUCCGCGGCGGCUGCAGGACCCAGAUCGCUCCGCGCCCGCCUGCUGCUCUGGGGACCCCGGCCCGGGACGCCCCCUCCCGCUGCCUCCAGCCGCCCUGACCCCAGGCUCCGCCCCAGGCCCGGCCAGAGCCCCAGCCCUCCUCAGGGGACCCCAAGGAUUGUCUCUCCUCCCAGGGUCUCUCUCUGUCUCUCUGUCUGUCCCUCUGCUUGGCUCAAGGUGUCUGGGUCUCAGCAUCCCUCAGCCCGAGGCCUCUGAGCGCCCCGGUCUCCUUCUGCCUCUGCGCGCCUGACCUCCCCACUUCCUGCGCCCCAGCCUCGGAGCUGGGGAAGCGGGGGUCUGGGGCCCGCUCUCUGCCCCUCCUUCUCGCUCUCUCUCUGUCUGUCUCUUAGGCCAUCUCUGGGUCCCCUCCGUCUGCAGCCCUGCGAGGCUCAGGACUGCUCAGCCUCGAGGUCUGGGGGUGCCUGGGUCCCCCGCUGUCUCCCACGCCUCCGUGCGCCCCUGCCUCUCCGCGCGCCCCUGCCCCGGUCCGCGCUCGGCUCGGUUUCCAUCCUCGCUCUCCCUGCCUCCCCCAUCCUCAGGGCCCAGCGCCCCCUCCCGCAUCCCUCCCCUCCCCUCCCCUCCCCUCCUUCCCCGCCCCUCCCCUCCUCCGCGGCAGCCAAUGAGCGGCCGCGGGUCCCAGCUCCCGGCGUCGUCCGCCGAGUGAGGCCGCGGGCGCGGGGGGUGGGGGGUGGGAGGCCCGGAGGGGGCCGGGACGCCGGGCUCCGGGGCGGGGGCGGGGGGCGCGGGCGUCGGCGACCCCGGUGGCGGCGGCGGCGGCCGGGGGAAGCCGCGGGGCCGGUCAUGCGGCUGCGGGGCCCGCGGCCCGGAGCGUCCGCCCAGCCCUGAGCGAGGCCCCGCAGGGCGCCCCCCGCCGCUGAGGAUGAGUCACUGCAGCAGCCGCGCCCUGACCCUGCUGAGCAGCGUGUUCGGUGCGUGCGGCCUGCUGCUGGUGGGCAUCGCGGUCAGCACCGACUACUGGCUCUACAUGGAGGAGGGCACGGUGCUGCCGCAGAACCAGACCACGGAGGUCAAGAUGGCCCUGCACGCUGGCCUCUGGCGCGUCUGCUUCUUCGCAGGUCGCGAGAAGGGUCGCUGCGUGGCCUCGGAAUAUUUUCUUGAACCGGAGAUCAACUUGGUGACGGAAAACACGGAGAAUAUUCUGAAGACCGUGCGCACAGCCACCCCCUUCCCCAUGGUCAGCCUCUUCCUCGUGUUCACCGCCUUCGUCAUCAGCAACAUCGGCCACAUCCGCCCACAGAGGACCAUUCUGGCCUUCGUUUCUGGAAUCUUCUUCAUCCUAUCGGGCCUCUCCUUGGUGGUGGGCUUGGUCCUGUACAUCUCCAGCAUCAAUGACGAGGUCAUGAACAGGCCCAGCAGCUCGGAGCAGUACUUCCACUAUCGCUACGGGUGGUCUUUUGCCUUUGCUGCUUCCUCCUUCCUUCUCAAAGAGGGGGCUGGCGUGAUGUCCGUGUACUUGUUCACCAAGCGCUACGCGGAGGAGGAGAUGUACCGCCCGCACCCCGCCUUCUACCGCCCGCGCCUCAGCGACUGCUCCGACUACUCGGGCCAGUUCCUGCAGCCGGAGUCCUGGCGCCGCGGCCGCAGCCCCUCCGACAUCUCCAGCGACGUGUCCAUCCAGAUGACGCAGAACUACCCUCCCGCCAUCAAGUACCCGGACCACCUGCACAUCUCCACCUCGCCCUGCUGAGCGCGCCCCGCGGAGCCCCCUCCUCCGCCGCCCCGAGGCGCCCCCGCGGCGCGGCUCCCCGGCUCCCGGGAGGAGGCUGCUCUCGCGGUGGCCCCGCCCCCUCACCUGUGACCACGCCCAUCACCAUAGCCCCGCCUCCUUUCCUGGCCGUUCCACGCCAUUGGGCCCAUCACUUCAAAUGGCCCCUCCCCCAGUGACCACGCCCAUCACCAUAGCCCCGCCUUCUCUGCAAUAGCCCCUCCUCCUUUCAUAGCC